AGAGUAGCAGUAGCGAGCAGUAGCAGUUGAGUGCAUUGACUUGUCGAUGGAAACAAUUUAGCAGGGUUUCUGGAGUAGCAGUGUGAAUACACUACUUUCAACAUGGGGAAGUCAUUUGCCAAUUUCAUGUGCAAAAAGGAUUUUCACCCUGCAUCGAAAUCAAACAUUAAGAAGGUAUGGAUAGCGGAACAGAAAAUAACCUUCGACAAAAAGAAACAGGAGGACCUCAUGCAGGCUUACCUGAAGGAGCAGGAGACGUACAACAACAGAUUAUUAAUGGGAGAUGACCGGGUGAAGAAUGGUCUUAAUUUCAUGUACGAGGCUCCUCCGGGAGCAUCAAAAGAAGAAACAAAGGAGGAAGGGGAAUCUGAAUACAAGUUUGAAUGGCAAAAAGUCGCUCCUCGUGAGAAGUAUGCAAAGGAUGACAUGAAUAUCAGAGAUCAACCUUUUGGCAUUCAGGUGCGCAAUGUCAGGUGCAUUAAGUGUCACAAGUGGGGACACGUGAACACAGACAGGGAGUGUCCUCUCUUCGGCCUCUCGGGGAUCAACGCCAGCUCGGUGGCCACGGAUGAAGUAGCAGGUCCGUCGAUGCACCCCUCCGAGUUAAUAGCAGAGAUGCGAAACAGUGGGUUUGCGCUGAAGAAAUGUGUCCUUGGGAGGAACGCCACUGUUUGCGAUCUGGGGCAGGAUUACAUCGGAAGUGGAGAAGAAGAGGAUCCCGAAGUGGAGUUUCUGAAAUCCUUGACCACAAAGCAGAAACAGAAGCUACUCAGAAAACUUGAUCGGCUGGAGAAGAAGAAGAAGCAGAAGAAGAAGAAGAAGAAGAGCAAGAAGCAGAAGAAGAGCAAGGGCAAGCAGAAGAAGCAGGCCCGCAAGUCUGACCGCUCCUCCUCGGACUCCUCCGACAGCAGCAGCAGCAGCAGCAGUGAGUCGGAGUCUGAGGACCAAGGCAAGUCCCACAGCAAGAGGAAGAAGAAGACGAGGGACAAGAAGAAGAAGAUGCAGAAGAAGGAGUCCUCCAGCAGCAGCUCUGACAGUGAGGAGGAAGAGGAGGAAGAGGAGGGAGCGAGGGGGAAGGCCCCAGAGGCCCGCGGCACCAACCGAUCACGGAGCCCCCCGGCGUCCAGCCACCGGCGGCAGAUGGACAGUUCCAGAGACGAGGGCGAGGACCGGGGCAGGAGGCGCCAGAGCCCGCCGCGCCGUGACCAGGACAGGACCGGGAUGUCCGGCAGAUGUGAGCGGCAGGGCGGCCGAGGUGGCGGGAGAGAGAGGAGCAGGAGCGGAGAGCGGGACAGGAGCGGGCGAGAGAGGGAGACGGAGCGGUCAGAGGGCAAGAGGAGGGAGAGAGAGCGCGACCACAGCAGGAGCAGGAGCAGGAGCAGAGACGCUAGGAGGGACAGGAGCCGGAGCCGGAACCAGGGGAGAGAAAGAUCCGGAAGAGAGAGGAGCAAGAGCCCAGGCCGAGGCCGAGCCACGAGAGGGAGAAGCAGAAGUCCGAGCCAAGACAAGGGGGCAGGUAGAGCGGCACGAGACCGAAGCAGAGACAGGGAGCGGGGGAGAGCCGGCAGGAGCAGGAGCAGGAGCAGGAGCAGGAAUAAUGGGAGGAGUAGCAGAGAGAGAGAGCGCAAGCACAGGAACUGAUGAGGCCAUGUCUAAAGGCAAAGGGGAAAACCAGUGGCACAAGCAACAAGCUGGCACAUAUCAUACUGUUUGUGCGCCACUAUUUUUUGGGGUGGGGCUUUAUCUUCAGAAAGACAUCUUUGUUAAAGUUUCUUUUUCAACUCCAUGAAACAGUCUUGCUUAAUCAAAGGCAAAAUCCUUGUGUUCUGAUUCAGAUGGUCAUUCUGACUCUUAUAGUCAUAUUGGACUUUUUUUUUAUGAUUCAUUAACUGUAUGUAAGAAAUCGGGAGUUUUUAGAAUUGUAUUAUGUGUUAAUGUUUGUAAAUCCCGCUCUCUCCUCUCCCGUCAUGAAUGUGGAAAAAGUAAAAAAGGAAGCAGUCCACACGAGGGCGUUAGCGGACUGCCAUGUGUGUAAAGUGGAACGAAAUUGAUUAAACGUUUUUAUGGAUCA